UCUCUUGAUCCAUUGCCCAUUGUGAAUUCGACUGGCGCACGGUGCGCCUCCGUGUCGUGAUCGUGAUCGUCUUAUAUGAAAAAAAUGCUUGAGUUUUACACUAACAUUAACUCAGGAUUGAUGCCUGAGAGCAUGCAGCCUCCCCUGUCCUGCGCCGGAAGAACAGAGCUCAGUGCCAGUAUCAAGAGGGAGAAGAUUGUGGAGAUAUGCGAGGGAUGUGGUCAGAAGAUUCAGGACCGCUACUUGAUGCGAGUAGGCGAUUUAUCUUGGCACGAACACUGCCUGAGUUGCUGCGUCUGCGGCUGUCCCCUUGCCCAUACAUGUUACACUAGAAAUGCGAAACUAUAUUGCAAACCAGAUUAUGACAGAUUAUUCGGCGUCAAGUGUACUCGCUGCGGAGACAGAUUGCUACCCCAGGAGAUGGUCAUGAGAGCGCAGCAGUACGUCUUUCACAUUCAAUGCUUUGUUUGUGUCAUGUGCUGCCAACCUCUGCAAAAAGGCGAACAAUAUGUCAUCAGGGCUGGACAGAUAUUUUGCAGACAAGACUUUGAGAAAGAAAUGUAUCUGAUGCAACAUGCCGAAGAUGAUAUGAUAAUAGAUGAUUCGGAGCGGCCUCGUGACGGAAGGAGGGGACCAAAACGCCCCAGAACCAUACUAACAUCAGCUCAGCGACGGCAAUUCAAAGCUUCUUUUGAAGUAAGCCCGAAACCGUGCCGCAAAGUACGAGAAGCUUUAGCUAAAGACACGGGAUUGAGUGUGAGAGUGGUCCAGGUGUGGUUCCAGAAUCAGAGAGCUAAAAUGAAAAAGAUACAACGCAAGGCGAAACAAGAAGGUGAUAAAAAUAAUGACAAGGACAAAGACAAAGAUGAAAAGAGUAUAAAACAAGAGUCGCCCUCCAGUGAACACGGGAAUUAUCUUGGCUUGGACAACUCUUAUUCAGCUUCUAGUCAACCACUCAACCCGAAUUUGCCAUAUUCUCCUGAUGACUAUCCAGCUCACUCCGGAGACAGCUUCUGCAGUUCGGAUAUUUCUCUUGAUGGGAGUAAUUUCGAUCAACUUGAUGAAGGUACUUCUGAUACCAUGAGCCUACAGAACUUGGAGGUACCUCACCUUCCUCAUCAUGGGAACCAUUCGUCACACGAGCCCCUAAAUCUUGGCACAGGGGCUGUUGUCAACCCCAUCGAUAAGUUAUAUCUAAUGCAAAAUUCAUAUUUUAGUACAGAUCAUUGAUUUAAUGCCCAGGGCGCUGUCGAGCCCGUGAAUAGUGUUCGACAGCGCCCUUAUCCUAAAGACUUUAAUCGUUGUACUUCAACAAGAACUAGUCAAACAACGACCGUAACCACCAGAAACUCCCCCUUUUCGUAUUAUAAUUCAUAUUCUACUCUGUAAAAUAAAAAAAAAAUCCAACUGCAGUGUGAAAGUGACAAAUAUUAAAUAGCCAAAAGGCGACUGAGGACGUGACGGGAACUUUUAAAAGAAACUGAAUCAACUUUGUAAAAUAAGUUUGUGUUGAAAAAUGUUACGAACUGUAAAAUUAGAUAAAUUAGAUAUAAAAUAGACGAAUACCUAAUACAUCGAUAUGUGUUAUGAUAUACAUUCUGUGUACGUACGUCAGUAGAGAGAAAGCAUCCAGUGUAACAGCCAAUGCAUUAACAAAAUCCAAAUGCAACCAAGUUUUGUAGAAGUAACUAUUAAAUGUACAUAGACCCGGUCGAUCUGUGCGUAAAAUUUCAGCAACGUAAAAGCACAUGACGA